AUGUGCAUACGAAGCGAUUCAGAGAGGUGGUUCCGCAAUCAAACAAACCCGAGCUCCGCUCUGGUGAAGGCGGUGGCCCAUUGGGGACCACAUGUGAACGCCGUCUGCGUUAUUGUGGUGCCAAUUAUUCUCGUCGUUAUCUCCAAUACGAUGCUCAUCUACACAAUCAGGCAGAGGCAGAAACAGUUCAACACUCAAGCAUCUUACAAAUCCGAAUCACAAAUGUCCGGGUCGCAAUCACGUACCGAGCAAAAAGUUACCAGCACCGUUUGUGCCAUAGUUACGUGCUUCACCAUUACCCAGGGCCCAUCAGCUUUCAUCAACAUCAUGGCAGAGUAUUAUCCGAUCCAUAGUGACUUUAUGAUUGCUGUGGUAAGCCGGCCAUUUUCGUGUCUUACAUUCAAAGGCGACGACACUUUGGCUAUUCAGGCGGCAGUGAUUUCUACAAUGGUGGUUUUGGGUAAAGCGCUGAACUUCGUGCUGUUCUGUCUUUCAUCGGCAAAUUUCCGAAGUCGUCUUCUGCAGCAAACGAAAGGUGGCUUGCUUCGUUCGGCACGGAACAGGUGA